CACUUAAUACACUGGCCUCUCACAUCACACUAAUGUAUUAUGUUCCAAAAUGUAACCCUCAGUAUGGAGUCGAGCCGCAUAAACAAGCAAUGCAGUUGCACUCUAAUGAAAGUUUUCAGGCAUUUUGUCUAUUGUGGCGUGCUGUUGCUCCAGCUAAACAAACAAACCAUUUAGAAAAGCGCACUGCGCCUGUCCCCGGUCUCCGCCCCGAACCACAGCUCGGCUCUCUCCAUUGGCUCGCUAGAGCUUGCGCGCAGUCUGUCCGACAACAUAAACCUGUGCCAGGGGACCGCAGAAGGGUUAAUUUUGCAGCUCAAAUGAAGAUAAACUGCGAUUGUAUUGCUCACACAAACGCCUAUAUAUAUAUAUAUAGAAGCGCAUUGAUUCAUUUCAUUUUAAAAUAGAAAUAUACUUUUAAGCAUAUCAUUUAUUUUGCGUUUAAAUAUUUUACAUUAAAAUUAUUUCAGCGAUAGUUUGGGGAAAGUUUUUUUUUUUUUUUAAUAUGCAAGUGAAAAAAAAGUUCGUGCCGCUCUGUCUGAAGUGAGUUUUAAUUUGACAUUUACCGAGCGGUCAAUGGGAACGUUUUAAAUAUCGAAUUCAAUUUGAAGCGGAUAAUUGAAUUAACUGUUUUAUUUCGUGUGUGGGGUGGAUUUGGCUGUUUCCACGCAUCUUUCAAUAUGAAUUUAAUUGGGAGCUGCCAGCACCACCAUAUGAUGCACGAAUCGUUUCCAUUCGUCCAGCGCUGUCACCAGGAGAACCCUUAUUUCCAGAGCUGGGUACUGAACCACGCAGAGGUCUCCCCGGACUUUCCGAUCCAGCCUCCCUACAGCGCGGAGUUCGGGGUUCCGGGUCCUGCGCAGGAUCACAUUCAGUUGGAAGCACUUUCGGGGCGGCUGGGGAAGAGGAGAGGAGCCGGUCCUAAGAAGGAAAGGCGGAGGACUGAGAGCAUUAACAGCGCGUUUGCAGAAUUAAGGGAAUGCAUUCCAAACGUGCCCGCGGACACCAAACUGUCAAAAAUCAAAACCUUAAGACUCGCCACCAGUUAUAUUGCCUACCUAAUGGACGUGCUCGCCAAGGACUCUCAUUCCGAGGAAACGGAGGGCUUUAAGGCUGAAAUCAAGAAAUUCGACAACAGAGACACGAAAAGAAAACGAGAACCGAGCGAAGUCCAUCAGGGAUCGCUGGUGAACGGAAAGAAGUUGAAAGGCAGGACGGGCUGGCCUCAGCAAGUCUGGGCUCUGGAACUGAACCAGUGACGCGGGAGAGAGAUCUCGAGCCCACAUUUCACAUGGACCGAUAGAAUCCACCAAGAGAAGCAGGCACUGCAUCUGCUGGGAAUACAACCGCUCCUACACGUGUGCGCAACGAUAUAUAUGAUAUAUAAACCAAGCAAUGCAUGAACACAGACAAGUGUGCAAGCAUCGACCAAGUAACACUAAGAAUUAUUAAUAUAAAGCUGAAGAUACUGACCAGAAGGAGAACACCUGACAUUCAAUUUCACCUUCAGUUUCAAGACUGAAAAUACACGCUGCGCAUUCACUUGGUUUGGGUUUCUUUUUGGUUUUCAGAUGGGCUUUAUGCUAAAAUGUUGCAAGGACUUAAUUGACAAUGUAAUUGUAUAUUUAAAAUGACAGGAUGCUGGAUGUUUGCACAAUGGUUGUUCUUCAGUUGUACAUUCUCCUCACUUUAGCAUUAGACGGUGAUUACUAUUAAUAUUAUGAUUGUUAUAUUUGAUCAUUCAUGUCGCACCUGAGCGAAGUGUUUGUUGUACUGUAUGCUGUUCAGUCUAGAUCUACCUCCAAUGUGUUACUCCAGAAGUAUUAGAAAAUAAAGCAAAUAAAUUAGAUGCCCUCUGAAACAUGCAAGACAAAACAAACACAAAGCGCCGUCUCCAAUCGCACAGACACACUCACACA